CAGCGGCGGCGGCGCGCGCGAGCCGGCGGAGCGGGGAGGCCGCGGGGCAGCCGGAGCCCAGGGUGCGAAGCUGCAACUUCAGCGGGCGGGAAAGAGCGGCCGGGAGAGCGAUUUUGCCGUUUCCAGUCGAUUCUUCAGGCGGCACCAUGGAGCAGCCCCUCUUCGACUACGCCGAGCCGGGGAACUUCUCGGACCUCAGCUGGCCGUGCAACAGCAGUGACUGCAUCGGCGUGGACACGGUGCUGUGCCCCGGGCUGGCCGGCAAGAGCGUCCUCCUCUACACGCUGGCCUUCGUCUACAUCUUCAUCUUCGUCAUCGGCAUGGUCGCCAACUCCGUGGUGGUGUGGGUGAACCUGCAGGCCAAGACCACGGGCUACGACACGCACUGCUACAUCCUGAACCUGGCCAUCGCCGACCUGUGGGUGGUGGUCACCAUCCCGGUCUGGGUGGUCAGCCUGGUGCAGCACAACCAGUGGCCCAUGGGCGAGCUGACCUGCAAGGUCACCCACCUCAUCUUCUCCAUCAACCUCUUCGGCAGCAUCUUCUUCCUGGCCUGCAUGAGCGUCGACCGCUACCUGUCCAUCACCUACCUGGCCGGCGCCUCGGCCCGCCGCAAGAAGGUGGCCCGGCGCGUGGUCUGCGGCCUGGUGUGGCUGCUGGCCUUCUGCGUGUCGCUGCCCGACACCUACUACCUGAAGACCGUCACGUCGGCCGCCAACAACGAGACCUACUGCCGCUCCUUCUACCCCGAGCACAGCGUCCGGGAGUGGCUGGUGGGCAUGGAGCUGGUGUCCGUGGUGCUGGGCUUCGCCGUGCCCUUCUGCGUCCUCGCCGCCUCCUACUGCCUGCUGGCCCGGGCCAUGGCGGCGUCCAGCGACCCCGAGAAGCACAGCGGCCGCAGGAUCAUCUUCGCCUACGUGGUGGUCUUCCUGGUGUGCUGGCUGCCCUACCACGCCGUGGUCCUGCUGGACGUCUUCUCCAUCCUGCACUACCUCCCCUUCACCUGCCCGCUGGAGAACUUCCUGUUCACGGCGCUGCACGUCACACAGUGCCUCUCGCUGGUGCACUGCUGCGUCAACCCCGUCCUCUACAGUUUCAUCAACCGCAACUACCGCUACGAGCUCAUGAAGGCCUUCAUCUUCAAGUACUCGGCCAAGACGGGCCUCACCAAGCUCAUCGACGCCUCCCGGGGCUCCGACGCCGAGUACUCGGCCCUGGAGCAGGGCGCAAAGUGAGGGACCCCGCGCCAAGUGAGGGACGUCGGGGCCAGAAAGAAGCCCUGGCCUCUCCGGGCCUGGGGGACACGGGACGCCGAGAGGCGCAGGGACGGGAACGCGGCUUGCUGGACUGCCCCUCCCCUCCCGUCCCCGGUCCGUGUGGCCGUGGGCAGCCGGCCCGGCCGGGCUCCCGGGGCUGAGCAGGACGGGCGACCCUGGUGGACCCUGGGCCCCUCUGUGCCCGUGUCUGCUCCGUAACCCCCCCCCGGAGUUUUCUAGGGCUGAUCUGUAUUUGAAUGGCGACUUUUCUAUUUUCACGCUUGGCACACCUUGUCCGUGUAUUUGGAAGUGGAAGUCUCUUUUGAAGAGCGUCCGGGAGGCAUGUACCCAGGAUGUCGGGGUGUUCGGGUUGGCGUGCCGUGGGUGGGGCCGGCACGGCCGAGAUGGUGCUUAUAUACAUAUCUAUAAAUAUCUAUAAAUAUAUAUAUAUAUAUAAAGAUGGGCCAGGCUUGGCCGGGAUGGUUUAUUUACGACACUUUUCUACGUGUGUGGCUCGGGACGCUCUCGUCACGGACUCGAGGCAAGACAAGGCGGCACUGUCCCCGCCGCCACGGCCCGGGCAGCCGCGUCCCCGGUGUUCUUCAUGGUUGUAAGUUAUUUUUUUUAAAUAAAGAUUCCCGAUGUUU